AUGGCCAUACCUCCGGCGUCGAACAAGGUCUUGGCUCCUCUCUUGACUAGCAGUACACAUAGGGCAUGGAGGACAUCCGGGCAUGCCGUUAACAAGCAACGUUUUGCUGGAUCCUUCACAUUGGGAUUCCACCUUGGACAGCUUCGAAGCUCUUCGACCACACAUCAUUUUUGUAGCACUGAGUGCACCGGCCACCUACCACCAAGGGCUUGGAAAGGGAGGGUGUUUCCGAAGGACCUAGUGGCGAUGGGAGAUCGUGGGGCCUUUGUGCCUGAAACAUCCCGAGGCAGUACCUGUCGCUAUAACACAAACACUCUUGCUCAGGCACACAAUGGCAGUCAAUAA